CGAGCAGAAUGUCCAUGAGUAGACUCAGUAGAAUACUCUUAAUAAUCAAGGCUAGGCAGGAAUCAGAAUCAGAAUACUUUAUUGAUCCCUAGGUGAAAUUAUUUUUGGUUACAGUGCUCCAGUAUAAACAAACAGUAACAAAGACAGACAAUACACUAGGUAAGAAAGGAAGGUGUCUUCUCUGUGUUAUUCCAGGAAGAGGAGCAGAUACGAGGCGAGGUCAGACGUGAACAGAGAGAGGAGAAGAUCCGGCAGGACUGCCACAUCACUUCUGGAAGAAGAUAGUCAUAAUAAUACUUGUUUUUCUUUUGGUCAUCCUUUGUGUGAAGCACACAGCUGAUUUCACACUGAGGUCCAGCGCUGUAAACUUGUAACUUCAACUGCAGAAGCAAAUUAAAUCUUUUAAACGACAGAUAUUCCUCAUGUAGAGAAAACACUGAACACGUCGCUUUGUCUGGGAAUUAAGCAAAGGACAAUAAAACUGAUGCCAGAACGCAAAUAUGAAUAGAUAGUAGUGCUCACCUCCAUGUAUUCUGGGAAACUGUAGGGUAUAUUUUGCAUGCUACAUUAGUAUAGUACAGGUUACAUAGAUGUUGAGGGGUCAGCUGACACUGAAAGAACAGCUGUCUGUUUGAUAACUCAGUCUCAUUUACUAUCAUGUUAGUAAAUAUUUAGGCUGUGACAUCACUGUGUGGCUGGCCAAUGACAGUGGUUUCUCUCUGGAAUCUGCCCUGCAGCAUCUAAGUGUUGAUGUGACAGCAGGAGUGUUGUUGUUGCAUGUUGUGGAAUUAGAAGCAGGAACUCAUUUUUGGUUCACAGCCAGGGUUAAAUAUUCCCUAAAAGUGACAUAUUAGGCCUGCAGGUUAUUUACAUUGUGACUGUGUGCUUGGUAAACCAAUGACAGCCCUCUUCACUCUCCAGGCUGCCCUGCAGCAACUUUAACAACUUAAUGUGACGGCGUCCUCGCGGUACAGCACAGAGCAGCAGCAGGAAGGUGUCGGUGCAAAGCUUUUUAGAUGCUGAACAGCACAAACAUGGCCGGCACCAAAGCUCCAGACACAGUGAAGAAUGAGUUCCCACACCUGAGGAUUGUGCUUGUUGGGAAAACUGGAGUUGGGAAGAGUGCAACAGGAAACACCAUCUUAGGAAGAAAAGCCUUUGAGUCUAUAACUUCUUUUUCUUCAUCACUAGUUGGGUGUCGCAAAGUAACAGGGCAGGUGGAUGGUCACAUCCUGGAUGUAGUUGACACUCCGGGUCUGUUUGACACCAUACUGACUCAGGAGCAGGUGCAGACGGAGAUCGUUAAAUGCGUCUCCUUUGUUGCUCCCGGUCCUCACGUGUUCCUGGUUGUGAUCCAGAUCGGCAGGUUUACAAAAGCAGAAGAAGAAACGAUGAAAAUCCUUCAGAAGAUAUUUGGAGUGGAUGCAGCGUGUUACACCAUAGUCUUGUUCACGUAUGGAGACAAUCUGCAAAACGGAGGCGACAUCGACAAAUCAAUCAGUGGAAAUCGGUUUCUGCAUCGCUUCAUCAAUCAGUGUGGAGGAAGAUAUCAUGUUUUUAACAACAAGAGUGAGGAUCGCUCUCAGGUCAAAGAGCUGCUGGAGAAGAUCAACACCAUGGUUAAGAGAAAUGGAGGAACACACUACACCAAUGAUAUGCUGCAGGAGGCUGAGAAAGCCAUCAGAGAAGAGAUGGAACGACUUCUGAAAGAAAAUCCAGCCAUGGGAGAAGAUGAAGCAAGAAGACGGGCGGAGACGAAGAACAAGAUCCUGAAGGGUGCCGGGAUAGGAGCGGGCUUUGGGAGCAUCUUAGGUCCACUGGGAGCAGCACUGGGAGCAGCAGUGGGAGCAGGAAUCGUAGCAGCAAAGGAGAAAAAAUGUGUCACACAAUAAAGUAAAGAACAUUUGAUCACAUUUAGAUAAUUACUGGUCAUGUGAUUAAUGGCCCUCAUGAGAACUGUUAGUCCACAGUAAUCAUCAUAUUGUGUAAUACAUCAUCUAAGAGCUGUAUAACAUGAUCUCCUGAACAUCUUUGGUUCCUGGGUAACGAGCUUUUUCCUCUUUUUCUUAAGUAAAACAUUUUCUUGAAUUUUCCACAUUUAACACAAACGGUUCACUCAUCACCCGCUCAUGCUGGUCCAGGUCUCAGGGACAGUGGUCUGCACAGAGACUGCCACACCUGCCUAUCCCAGCUACCGCCUCUUCCUCCACCUACCUCCUCCCCAAGCUAGCUGAGAUGGACUACCAUGACUUUAGAGAGUGGGUCGGAGGAGCAGCAGCUUUGCUCAGGAGGAGCUGACAUGGUAUCAAACUGAUUAAAAAUAAAACACUGUUCACAAAUGC